CAGCAACUCCCUACGCCAUAGUCUGUCAAUUCGUGUUAGCAAGAGAAUCAUCGCAUAGUUUCCAGCAUGUCUUCCAAUACCUAUCUCAUCACCGGAGCCAAUCGUGGCAUUGGAAAGGGUUUGACUGCAGCGCUUCUGCAAAGGCCCAAUACAACCGUCAUAGCUGGUGUGAGAGACACGACCGCCUCGGCACCCAUCCUAAGCAGCCUCCCCACCGCAGCUGGGUCCAAAGUCAUCAUCGUCAAGAUCGACUCGCAGUCUGAAACAGACGCCAAAGAGGCAGUCUCGCGACUCAAUUCAGAGCACGGCAUCACGUCCUUCGACGUCGUCAUCGCCAAUGCCGGCGUCGCCCAUUCUGGCACCUCAAUCGCGCAGACCACAACCAAGAGUCUCCGCGACCACUUCGACACGAACGCGAUCGGCCCUUUGUUGCUGUUUCAGGCUGUAAAGCCGCUUCUACAAGCAAGUCAAAGCGGGAAGCCUGUCUUCUUAGCAAUGUCAACUGUUGUCGGCAGCAUUGGCGGCCAAGAAGCAUUUGCGGGGCUUCCGCCCGUACUCAGCCCCUACGGCGCCAGCAAAGCAGCGCUCAAUUGGAUAGUGCGACGAUUACACUACGAAGAGACCUGGCUCACAGCAUACGUGACGCAUCCUGGCUUGGUUCUGACGGACAUGGGCUCCGGCAUGUUUGGCACUCCGGAGCAGUCUGUUGCCAUGGGUGCGAUUACUGUUGACAUCAGCGUUGCUGGGAUCUUGAAGACGCUCGAUUCGGCUUCUAGGGGUAUUGGAGGAAGCUUCCAGAACUAUGAUGGUACGACACUUCCGUGGUAAUUCUUCAAGCUCAUCAAAGGAAAUGCCCACACCCAUAGCCAGGCUUUAUGUCUUAUGAAUGAU